AUGCGCUUCUGGAACUGCGCCAUUGCGGGAUACCCAAAGGCUGCCGCCAUAGAUGUUGGUGGUUGCGAGGAGUGCAAGUCCAUGUCCUGCGCAACACACAUUGGGUCAUCAUUGCAUAUCUGCAAGACAGAAGAGUUGGUCGCCCUCAGUAAGAAGACUAGCCACGCGGCCCUUCUACGGCACGCAAAGGAGCUUUCCGGCGGCCUGGACUGCCAUCUAGAUGACGAAGAUACUCUGGGACGCCGUCAAAUGGGCGGCAUGCAUAUCCAUCUCCAGCUAAUGUUUGAGGAUGGGACUGUCUGGCUGGUUCGAAUCCUCCGAGAGAGGCACACGUCUUUCGACGAUGAACUCAGCAAUCAGAUCAUCGUCAGUGAGUGUGCGACUCUCCGAUGGUUGGAGUCUCUUGACGUACCCACGCCGCGACUCCACGAGUACGGGCUGCGUGGCGAUCCGCGGAGUGAGGUAGGUGUCGCGUACAUGAUUAUUGACAAACUACCUGGCCAGCCUUUCGACCCGUGGGCAGCCUCGGAGAGGCAAAAGUCAAAGGUGCUGGGCCAAUGGGCUGAUGUGCUCUGCACCUUGGGCAAACAUCCUCUCGACAAGAUUGGAUCGUUCAAGUUUGAGGCAGAUGGGGCAAUCGAAGUCGGCCCCAUUGCGAGCGAUAGGAUUGGGACGCUGCUUUGCAUAGGUCCCUUUGAAGAUGCGAGAGGCUUCUACAGCUCCUGGGCCAACACAUAUCUCGACCUCAUCACCGAUGGCCAACUCUUCUCCCUUUAUCCCAUCGACGCGUACCUGAUUUUCAAUUUCCUGGCAGAGCAGGCCACGGCCGACCAUAUUCUUGUCGACGAUGACUUUCGAAUCACCGGCAUCAUUGACUGGAGUUCCGCGAGGGCGGUCCCGGCAUAUGAGGCUUUUGGCCCUUCGCUUGUGUCUGCAAACACCACCGAUCUCUUCGGCGGCAACACAGGGCUGAGUGAAGAGGAUAGAGCCCUGGGCCGAAAGUUGCAGAGUCGUGGAGCGUCGCACUGCUACUUCGAAUCGGAUGAGAUGCGACGACUCGUCUUCGGCCCAGGGACGGGAUUGGGGCUGACAGAAGACGAGGCUAUCGACGUCUUCCGAGGUCUUGUGGCCACCUUUGAAGGCACUAUGCCCGACUGGCAAGAAUGGCGGCGAGCCAGUCUAAUCAGGUGGGCAAACGAUGCUCGACUAGCCGACCUUUGCCAAGCGUCGCUGGGGGAGACGCCACUCAGUCGUUCGGUGCCUGCACCGAAAGUUCCUCGUUUCGCCACUUGCUCCCACUCGAACUGCGAUCGGUCAAGCGUCCGCGGCCGGAGCUGCCCAACCUGUCUAAGCCAUCUAUGUGCUGUCCAUAUACUCUCUCGGCACCACAAAUGCCCAUCCACUUCCCUGCUUGACGAUGCCGCCUGGGAGAAGAGUAUCAAUGAUGAGGUCGAUGCCCUUCUUGCCCGGGUCGAUGCCCCCGAGCUAGUCCGCGUAGCUAGCUCUCUCCGCAACGGAACGGCCGGCAAGUUAAUUCCCGGGAAGCACCUCGGAAGCGGCGCCAUCAUGGGCUGCGCAAAUCAUCACUCCUGGAUUGUCUUCGACGAUGGAGUCAAGUGGCUUGCUCGAAUUCCUCGGACCACGGCUUUUAGCGACAUUCCUCAAGACCUCAUUGACUACCUAGUCGAGAGCGAGUACGCAACUCUCAAGUUGUUGGAGGAUCUCGGCGUGCCUGCUCCCAGAGGUCACGGAUUCGGGCUUUCCUCUGACCCUGAAAACUUGGUCGGGGUAAGCUAUAUAGUUGAGGAUGCCAUGCCGGGCCAGCCCUUUGACGUUUAUCAAGCAACGGCUGAGCAAAAGUCGCAUGUUUACGACCAACUCGCCAACAUUCUCAUCGCAAUCAGCCACCUCCCCGGCAAGCAAGCCUCCUCCCUUCUUCCACAUGGCGAGAAAACCAAAGAGGCCGCCAUCGCGAGCGACCGGUUCCUGUCACUCGGAAAACACGGGCCGUUCGCCGAUCCGCUCGAAUACUUCACCUCCAUCGCAGACCUCCACCUUGACCUAAUCGCCGACGGCCAGCUCCACCCGGAAUACCCCAGGGAGGCAUUCCUCUUCUACAGACUGCUCAAGAACCGGGCCGCCUCCGCCCUGGCCUCGGCCGCCGCGUCCACCGGCGGGUUCUUCCUCAAGCACGUCGACGACAAGGGAGACCACCUGCUCGUCGACGAGAACCACGACAUCACCGCCGUCAUCGACUGGCAGUUUGCACGCCUCUUCCCGGCGUGCGAGGCCUUCGGGCCUUCUCUGGUCACCGCCGACAUGGGCAGCCUGUAUGGUGGGUCUGCAGGGAUCAGUACGGACGACAGGUUUUUAGCGGAGAGUCUGAGGCUGAAGGGGAGGGAGGACCUCGCGGAGUUCGUGGGUGGAAGCGAACUCGCUAGGCGGUUUCACUUUGGCCUUGCUUCGGGACUCUCGAGGAGUGAGGCUCUGGGAAUGAUUCAGGCUGUGCUGUCUUUGCUUGACGGUGAGACAUCUGAGAAGGGACUGGGGGAUUGGAUGGAGAGGGAGUGGGAUCAAGCGGCCGAUGACCCACGGCGUGGAAAGAUUGAGAACUUGGUGGCAGAACUCGAAAGACAAAAAAGUUAA